CACGUGAUCUGACGUCAUCUUCAUGCGACAGCAGGAAAGGGUUCUCUCCAAUGGUUCUCUCAGACGUCUAGAAUUUCCCGUUGUUUUUCAGAUCUAAAAGAAAAUAUGUCUGGAAGUUUUUAUUUUGUUAUGGUUGGGCAUCAUGAUAAUCCUGUCUUUGAGAUGGAGUUUCUACCUCCUGGUAAAGCGGAGUCAAAGGAUGACCACCGUCAUCUGAACCAGUUUAUCGCACACGCAGCGCUUGAUCUGGUUGAUGAAAACAUGUGGCUGUCAAAUAAUAUGUACCUCAAAACUGUAGAUAAAUUCAAUGAAUGGUUCGUCUCUGCCUUCGUCACAGCUGGUCAUAUGAGAUUCAUCAUGCUUCAUGAUGUACGACAAGAGGAUGGAAUUAAAAACUUCUUCAGUGAUGUUUAUGACCUAUACAUCAAGUUUGCAAUGAAUCCAUUCUAUGAAGUUAAUGCACCAAUACGCUCAACGGCCUUUGACAGAAAAGUGCAGUUUCUUGGCAAGAAGCAUCUUCUCAGCUGAUUUCAAGGACUAGAAUUUUAUAUUCUGGUGAUCAUGUCUGGGUGGUUGUAUAUAGAAGGACCAUUUCCCUCCUGUAUAAAGUUCUCUCUCUCUUUUGUGUAUGUAUGUUUGUAUGUAUGUCUUUUUAUGUCUCAUUGUUUGUUUACAGUAAUAUAAAUAUAUUAUGGAAGUUCUUUAAUUAUUUUCUUUUUGAUUGUCAUAAAUCAGUAAUAAAUGUAUUAUUAUUUACAGUGUUUCAGUCAUCAAUAUCCAGCUGCUCCUCUGCCCACCACUAACUUGACUUUUCUAAAAUGGCUAAGCUUUUGCUAAAAUGUAGAAUGGAGAAUUCUGAAAACCCACCAAAACAAUAGCAAUACAACUAUUUGUUUUUCACUUAUAUGUGUUUUGCCAUCAAUAUAUUCCCUCAUCCUCACUAGUUUUCUGUUUCAUCAUGUUGCAAACCUUUAAUCAUUUAGUGCAUUAUAUCUUAUAAAUCAUUAUAAAAUCAUAUAUUUUAUAAUGAUUGCCAGAAAGGUUCCUCAGAAUGUAUUAUCUAUUCUAACAUAUGCACUUUAUGCAUAAAGUUUUUUUUUUCUUCAGAA